CCACCCACUCGCACCUGCCACCGCGCGGAUACCAUGUCGAAGGCGGCCGGAAGCGGAGCGGCGGCGGAAAGUUGUCCCCCAGCCUCUGGCGGCCCCUCUGCGGCCGUGGAGGACCUGUCCAAAGUGUCGGACGAGGAGCUGCUGCAGUGGAGCAAGGAGGAGCUGAUCCGCAGCCUGCGGCGCGCCGAGGCCGAGAAGGUGAGCGCGAUGCUGGACCACAGCAACCUCAUCCGCGAGGUGAACCGCCGCCUGCAGCUGCACCUGGGCGAGAUCCGCGGGCUCAAGGAUAUCAACCAGAAACUGCAGGAGGACAACCAGGAACUGCGGGACCUCUGCUGCUUCCUGGAUGACGACCGGCAGAAAGGCAAGAGGGUGUCCCGGGAGUGGCAGAGACUGGGCCGCUUCACGGCCGGGGUGAUGCACAAGGAAGUGGCCUUAUACCUGCAGAAGCUGAAGGAGCUGGAGGUGAAGCAGGAGGAGGUGGUGAAGGAGAACAUGGAGCUCAAGGAGCUCUGUGUGCUGCUGGACGAGGAGAAGGGCGCGGGCUGCGCGGGCAGCCGCUGCUCCAUCGACAGCCAGGCCAGCCUGUGCCAGCUCACCGCCUCCACCGCACCCUACGUGCGGGACGUGGGCGACGGCAGCAGCACCUCCAGCGCGGGCAGCACCGACAGCCCCGACCACCACAAGCAGCACGCGAGCGGCGGCAGCCCCGAGCACCUGCAGAAGCCGCGGGCGGAGGGCAGCCCCGAGCACGCCAAGCACAGGAGCACCAGCCCAGAGCACCUGCAGAAACCCAGGGCCUCCGGGACCCCAGAUCACCCCAAAGCCCUCAAAGGACCCAGCCCCGAGCACCACAAACCCCUGUGCAAGGGCAGCCCUGAACAGCAAAGGCACCCGCACCCAGGCAGCAGCCCUGAGACGCUGCCCAAGCACGUGCUGAGCGGGAGCCCCGAACACUUCCAGAAGCACAGAGCCGGGGGCAGCCCCGAGCACGCCAGGCACAGCGGGGGGAGCCCGGAGCACCUGCAGAAACACGCCCUCGGGGGGAGCCUGGAGCACCUCCCCAGGGCCAGGGGCACCAGCCCGGAGCACCUCAAACAGCAUUUCGCGGGGAGCCCUGACCACAAACACGUGGGCGGAGGCGGCGGCGGCGGAGGCAGCAGGGAGGGCACCCUCCGAAGACAGGCGCCGGAGGAAGUGUCGCCCCAUCACCGGAAUGUCUACAGUGGCAUGAACGAAUCAACCUUGUCCUAUGUUAGGCAGCUGGAGGCAAGAGUAAGACAGCUGGAGGAAGAGAAUCGCAUGCUGCCCCAGGUUGUGUGGAGGAAACUUGGAGAUGCUGCAGGUUCGUGUCCUGGGAUUAGGCAGCACUUGUCUGGAAACCAGUACAAAGGACCCAUGUGAGAAACACUCUUUUCAAAUGCGAGAUCACCACUGCCAGAAAUAGGUAACAGAAAAGGAGAAGAAAAGAGUGGAUUUCCGCAAACCUGAACUCAUGGAGUGAUUGCACAUAUUUUCCCUCUAAAAACCUUUAGUAUAACUAAAGCUGUAUUUUAUGUCUCUCGCUUUGAUGUCUACAAUAGUCAAUUUCAAACAAAGGUAGCUUUGAAAAUCACCAUUUUGGUACCAAUAUUUUCAUUAGAACUAAAACGUUUUUGACUCCUUAGAUUAUAAUUGGGGAAAAAACGCAUGAUUGGAAGGGUACAGUAGAGCCUUGGUGGUUGAUAGAGUUGACUCAUUGCAUUUAAUGUGGGAGUUUCCUACCAUGUUGUAUUGAAAAUAAGAAGAGGUAGGUGUCUUCCAGCUUCCCAAGUUUGAGACUUGAGUACCUAAUUGUUAUAUUUUAGUCAACAAAAUACUAGUUCCUGCUGCAUAAUGUAGAUGCAAGAUAAGAUAAGGUUUCUGGGGUUUUGUUUUCAGGUGCUAAAAUAUCACAUAAAUUCUCCUUAACAGCUGGUAGCAAGACUUUAGAUAGAGUGCUUAUCAGAGAGUACCACUUAUUUCAAGUGAUCAAAAUAAAUAUAUCUUUUCUUUAAAUCCUGAUGUAUUUUUCAUGAAGACAUGCCUUGGGGACAUGUCCAUAUUCAUUCAGUGUACCCAUUGAUGUUAAUAUUACCAAUUUCAAUUGAAGAACAAGCAAACAUAAUUUUUCUAAGUGUUUUCAGCUGUGAGAUGUCAAUUUCUACAAUUUAGUUUCUAGACAUGCUGUUAUAUUUAAUAAACUUCAUGUAAACUUUAAAAUAUUGCACUGCAUUUAUGAAAAGCUUUCUUUGUCUACAGCAGCUAUCUAAUGUUUUAUGAAACUGGCGCAUGCCCUUCAUUAUUGAGGCUAAAAGCUUUGUUCAGGCUGCUUGAGGUUUGAAAAAGAGGUGUGCUAGCUUUGCUUAGUUUCUUAUUUUUGGUAUAUAUAAUAUUAGACUGUGUGUAUUGGAAAUGCUAUGAUAGAUAUUUUGUGUUUAUUCAAAUGCAAUGACAGUUUCCUGUAUGAAUGUGCAAAAGGCCUGUGACAGAAUGCUAAAUUUUUACUGUGGUUUAAGAUUAUAAAAGUAGGAAUGCAACAAUUCCCAGUUUUCAGAUUUCUUCUAAAUUACUCUAUUGUUGUUUUUAAAUGGGCUCAUUAGCUUAAUAAUUGUCAUUGGUGAAGGAAUUUUGUUACAGUUUUUUAGAAUGUUGUGAUGAAAAACCAGUACUCUGCUUUCAGAAAACAUUUAUGAAUUAAUUUACUAUAGAAUAAUCUCUAAUUCUCAUAAUUGGGUUACCAUUUAAGGCUAUCUUUCUUUUAUAUCUUUUAAAUAUUACUACUUUGUAAAAGAAAAUUGCUUGCUUUAUUUACACCUUCUCUUGUUAGAAAAGCUUUCAUCCUUAAGUUGUUGUAUUCCUACACUCUGAAGACAUUUAAAAUAAGUUUUUGUGCCUGCAGAAGCUAAUACAAGGAACACUGGUCUUUUGACAAAAUACUUGUGUAAAUUUUGAUACUGUAUUAAAACUAUUUUUUUAAAGUUCUGCAUAAAAUUGAGUAUCAAGUAUGUGUUCAUCUUAGCACUGGUAAUAAAUUAUUUAAUCUCA